CAAUAAGAAGCAGAAGAAGGCACGCUGCAGUUGUCUACCAGACAUAGGACCGUUUAGUAGCAGAAUGGCAAACGCGACGCUUAAGUCGUUGAACGUGUUUCUAACGGAGAGGUUAUCUUCUGUUGCGCUGGACAUCUACGGGUUCAUGGAGAAGAGUCUCACUGACUACCAGGAGGAAGUGAACCGGACCAAACAGGAGAACCAGAGGCUGCAGCGGCUGCUGGACCUGGUCUACAAGCCGGAGAUAAGACUGCACAGGGCGGAUUCAAGGCAGAUCGAUUUGUCCACACUGGAGGUUUGUGUUCAGGACAAGCAGAUACAGACGGCAUGUAUUCCCAAGGAGGAGCCGGAUGACACAGACAAUCUGACUCAAGUAGUCACAUUUGGAGAGAAUGAGGAAAAUAUGAUGCCAGAGAGACUAACUCAAGUUGAGACAGGUGGAGAGCACGGUGAAUAUGCAGCGCCACACAACCCGACUCAAGUCAUCACAGAUGGAGAGCACACAGGACACGAGGAACGGUCACAAUACGAGCAGACACCAUCUUCAGGAUAUACCAAGAAGAACAAAAAGUUUUAUUGUAAUAUCUGCUCUCUGUCUUUUUUGAAAAGGGCAACAGUAAAUUUGCACCUUGCAGUUCAUGCAGGAAACGGACUACUGAAGUCCACCGGUACAGAGCUCGUCUGCAUUGAUUGUGGUAGAGAAUCUAAAAGCAUAAGUCAAAUGAUCAGUCACAUUAAAACACACACGGGCGAGAAAUUGUUUGCCUGUCCCAUUUGUGGCAAGGGAUAUAAAUUCAAAGGUAACAUGAAAGUACACAUGCAGAAUCACAACGAGGAAAGGCGGUUCGGCUGCGACAUCUGUGGGAAACGCUUCCACAGAUCUUUCUCCCUGAAAAGUCAUUUGAAGCAGCGUCACAUGGAGUACAAGGCAUUUGGGUGUACACAGUGCAGCCAACGCUUCGCUCUGCUCAUCGAGUUUAGACAACACAUGAAGAACGCCCACAGCAUCACCUCUGCGAGGACCACUGCUAGAUUGGCAACUCUGAGACCAAAGAGUUAAAACCAUACUUUCUUCCAUCUUUGAGAUAUUUUUUUCCGGCUUUUUGCCUUCAUUAAGAGUGUUAUCGUGAAAUGUGAAGAGAGAGCAGGGAAGACAAGCUGGCGGAGGGCUCAAGCAUCUGUAUGGUGCAGGAUUGAUUAUUUUUAGGAUUGUUUAAAUAUUUGUAGUUGACAUGCUUCCACAAGAUAGCUUAAGUUCAUAGUUAACAAAUGUGAAAGUGUGGAAAGCUGCAAAUGCAAAUAAAAAUGUUACAAGGGCUUUACCCGUUAAGUUUGGCUUUCAGGUUAAUUUUUUUCUUUCAAUUCUGACAGUUAUCAAUGUGCCACUCUGUUCUUAUUGGCUAGAAAACUGCAACACCGAUAAUAAUUAAACACUGGUGUUUUUGUAUUUUUAUAUUCUAUUUUAAUUUGUGUAUUUCAGUGUUGCAAGAUUUUAAAAAAGUGAUAUAUUCAGAUAUGCCAAUAGUAAGAGAACGUGCCAGUUGUGCUUUAAAGUGACCUACAGUGCUUAGUGUACUGAUUUGAGCCUGAACUUUACUAACGUGUGUACAACUAAAGUUUGAUAUAUUGAACAUGUGUACGUCAAUAAAGAACCUUUUGUUACCUUAACAA